GUGGCGGGAUUUCUCCACCUGGCUGCUGCUGUCAGCUACUUCUGUCAGCUUUAGUUAUUCAGAUCAGUCGACAACGUCGUCAAACAUGAUGGCCACAAGCGCAGAGGGAACUCCGGCAAAAGUCAACGGCUCGACGGCGCCUUUAAACGGCAAAAUGGACGAUCAGCAACUUUUGGAACGCGGUGACGCGGAGGCGUCGAACGGGGUCGAGUCGCCCCACAGGCGCGCGGUGAGGUCCGGCUUCAGCGCGAAGCCGACUCUGGAGGACAUCCGACGGUUGCAAGCCGAGUUCACCGACGAGCGCGACUGGAGCAAGUUCCACCAGCCGCGGAGCCUUCUGCUGGCCAUGGUGGGCGAGGUGGGAGAGGUGUCGGAGCUGUUCCAGUGGCGGGGGGAGGUGGCUCCGGGCCUGCCGGGCUGGAGUGACUCGGAACGGCAGCACCUGGCGCAGGAACUCAGCGACGUGCUGAUCUACCUGGUGGAGCUUUCGGACGUGUGUGGCGUCGACCUCCCUCAAGCUGUUCUCCAGAAAAUGGCCUUGAACAGGAAGAAAUAUCCCGCGAGCAAGGUGCACGGAUCCGCCAAAAAGUACAAUGAAUACGAAGACUGACUUGAUUCAGGAGUUUAUAGUUUGCUUUAUACUUCAGUUGAACUACUGCUGAGCUUCUUUUUUUUUUCAUCAUGUGGACAAUGGACAACGGGAACCUUAACUUUUAUUGCUCUUAAGUCGUUUUUGAAGUGACGUUUAAUGCGUCUUUUAUAGGGGAAAAAAACAACUGUUAUUAUUGCUGCAUGCAGGUCGUUAUGUUGGGAGUUCUAAGAUAUUUAUCUCUUUACCUUGUGGAUUGACAUUUGGCAUUUUU